AUUAAUUAUUAAUUAUUGUUUUAUCUUUUAUUAUUUUAUUACUUAUGUAUUAUUGUUUUAGUAUAAAUUAUUGAUUAUUUUUUUUUAAUUUUUAUUGUUUUAUUGAUUAUUGUUUAAUUAUUAAUUAUGAAUUAUUGUUUUAUUUUUUAUUGUUUUAUUCAUUAUUGGUUAUGUUUUAUUAUUAAUUAUUUAUCGUUGUUGGUUAUUAAUUAUGUUUUAUUCCCACAUAGGUUAUGUAAGUAUAUUACCAAUUGUAUUUUUGUAUUAUUAAUUAUUAAUUAUCGUUGUUGGUUUUUUUUUCAGGGAAGUGCACAUCUUAUAAUUCCAGUGUCGGACCAUUACACUGGCCGUGUCACAUGGCGCGGGGGUAGUUACUACUACCCGAAGAUUAAGGCUAAAUUUGAAGAAUUUAACCUAUUGGACAGGGUGAGGGAAUCCCCUUUCAAACAGUUUUUCGAGAGAGCGCCCAUACAAUUUUCUGGAGCAUUUUUUCAUCAGUUGAUGCUUCACAAAAUAAAAUCUGACAAGCCGGCUUGGUCACCGGGUUAAACUUAUUGCCCGGCCCUACUGAGGAAGACAUCAAACAAAAUGGAAGCUCUGACCGGUUGAUUCAGGAAUAUUUCAACGGUAGUGCUUCGAUCACCUUCGGCCAACUGCGCAGAGUUUUUGAGAGCUGCACAGAAGCUGAUGAUGUUUACAAGUUGGGGAUGGCCUUGUUUGUUAUGGGCGUCCUCACUGGUAAGGAGGAGAAGACUGCCGUUCCUCCUUUUGUGAUAAGAAUGGUUGAUAACCUUCCAUUCUUCUACGAGUAUCCCUGGGGAAAGAUUUCUUACACCAAGCUGAUGGAAAGUUGUAACAAGGAUUACUUGGAUGUGAAGAAUAAGAUGUUGAAAAAGAUUGAGAAGGGAGUAACUCAGAAGGAGGCAAAAUACUCAGCCUACGGCUAUGCUGCAGCGUUGCAGUAUUGGGCAUACGAGGCCAUAUUACAGCUGGGCAACGAGUAUGCAGUGAGGAGGUCGCAUGGCUUUCCGAGAAUGGUCAACUGGGAGAGUAAGCCGAAAACUACACUCGGGAAGGAUGAAGUGACCAGAUUAUUUGCUAAAAAUUUGACAGUGUACUCCGUGUUAUGUCCUCGGCCGAACGAGAUUGAGUUUGUGAGUUACAUAACCGGGGGUCAGCCUCCGUUAUUUGUUGACUUGGAGGAACUUGUGUUGGGUGAGGAUGGGCAACCAACACAGGAUGCUUUGCGAAGCCAGGCCGAAAAGCUUGCCUCCACAUUGGAAGAACGAGCGGAGGCAGCCCGAAUAUUUAAAGACUCUACACCACCUCCACCGUCUCCUCCACGUGCACCGCCCGCGUUCCGCAGAUGGGUCCGGUGUUGA